UCGGACGGGCUGUGCCGAUUGCGUUUGAUCCAACCGGCUGCAAGAAAUAGGACAGCGGUGGUGGAUCCGUAUCUCGACGUCCACGCCGGAAUAGGGGAAGGGGAAAGGGAACAUACGGGGUUUGAUGCUUCGCCGAGAAUCGUCUUCAAUCUCUUCUAUCCGAGGGUGAUGGCAGAUCCAUCGUUGACGGGGGCACUCCAAUACCUGGAAGCGCAGAGGCAUGCGCAGCCGGAGCUGGCCGAUUGGUACAGCGCCUUUGCGGAUCUGUAUCAGCGGAAGCUAUGGCACCAGCUGACGCUCAAGCUCGAGCAGUUCGUUCGCUUGGCCGAUUUGGCAUUUGAUCUGUCCCUUUCUGCCUUGCUCGGUGAUAACGUAUUCAAUUUCGGGGAAUUGCUUGCCCAUCCAAUUAUCAAUAGUCUGACUGGGACCAAUGUGGAGUGGCUCUACCAUAUCCUUCAUGCUUUUAACAGUGGAAACCUACUUCGCUAUCAAGAACUUUGUCGUGUACAUAAUAUCGCUUUAUGUGCACAGCCGGCAUUAGUGGAGAAUGAGAAGAAACUACUUGAAAAAAUUAAUAUUUUAUGUUUGAUGGAAAUCAUCUCAAGUCGGCCAUCUGAAGAUCGAACCAUUCCAUUGAGUGUCAUUGCUGAACGAACUAAACUUUCGAUUGAGGAUGUGGAAUAUCUUCUUAUGAAAAGCCUCUCCGUUCACCUCAUCGAAGGCAUAAUUGAUCAAGUGGAGGGCACAGUCCAUGUUUCCUGGGUGCAGCCGAGGGUUUUGGGAAUUCCUCAAAUAAGUUCUCUGCGUGAUCGGCUGGAUACCUGGGUGGGAAAGGUGCGGCAAGCCUUGUUGUCGGUCGAAGCCGAGACACCUGAUCUGGUGGCUUGUGCCUGAUGCGCAAGAGAGAAAAGGAUUUCUCUGAACUUAAAGUGGGCACAAACAAGAUAUGACUUGAGUUCCAAGUUCUUAGGCGGGUGACAUCUCGUAGCCAGAUGAUAAAUUUUACUUGUGAUUCAGGAACAGUGUUCCCUGUCGAACAUUUAUGCAGAAAAUGCCAUUCGUUUUUACAUCUCUAUAUUUGCCCUGUUGAACAUUUAUGCACGAACAGUCAUUGAUUUAUUAA